CUAACCCGGAAAUGGAAGAGAGUUUGGGAGCAAAUGGCGCGGCGUGUGUAGUGUGCUUUGCACGGAACGACGGCGACAACAGUAUCAGUACAUGACUGCGUUUUGAGAAAGCUCCAAUUUUAAUGGCGCCGGUUCGACAAAGAAAUGCUAAGGGCCUCAAUUCGACUGAGAUCGGAAAGAAAAUUAAAAGGGGUAAUGCACUGCGGCAGGGCACUGCUUGGUGGACUGCCAGAGGGCUCCUCGCUUUGCUGCUGGUUAUUCUUUGUUUGUGUGGUGCAGCUACUUGGCUGCUCUUUUCUUUGGACAGUGACAUAACAGAAACAUUGGUCACCCAGCGUGAGCAUGUCACACCUGAGCCCAGAGUUUACAUCGUCCAGUGCUCUGAGGACUACGAGAACUAUAAACGCUACCCAGGAUGUACCCCUCAGAAGUGUGGCCGCGCUGUCGCGGACGGUGUGGUGACAAGGGAAGAAGCUCAGCUCCUAAGAAGGCUGGCUGAGAGGGGACUUCAACUGGCUGGAUCAGAGGGAGGAGCCUCCAUUUUGGACCUGCACUCAGGAGCAUUAUCAAUGGGGCAGCAAUUUGUCAACAUUUACAGAUAUUUUGGCGAACAGAUCCAGGAUGUGUUCACGGAAGAGGAUUUCCAUCUUUAUAGAGAUGUACGCAAGCGAAUCCAAACACUUAUCGCAGAGGAGUUUGGUUUAGACCAAGCGCUGAUGUACCUCACCAAGCCCACCUUCUUCUCCAGAAUCAACUCUACAAUAGCCAAGACCCAACAUGAUGAGUACUGGCACCCACACAUAGAUAAGGUCACCUAUGGCUCAUUUGACUACACAUCCCUUCUAUACCUUUCUGACUAUGGCGUUGACUUCACUGGAGGAAGAUUUGUCUUUAUGGACCAAGAUGGUAAUAAGACAGUAGAGCCGAAAGCAGGUCGAGUGUCUUUUUUUUCCUCCGGCUCUGAGAACCUCCACCGCGUGGAGAAGGUCACAUGGGGGACCCGUUAUGCCAUCACGGUGUCCUUUACGUGCGACCCUACACAAGCCAUCGCUGACCCUGUUAUGCCUCGAGGCAACCAUAGGUGAUGGGGGCGGACCUCGAGGUCCCCCGGCUCAGUCAAGCCCUGCAGAAUGGAAGUGGGAGAGGGAAAGGAUGAGCAAUCAGACAGGAGGAGAGGAAGAAGAGAUUCAUUUCUUGCUCAGUUUAGUUCCUCUAAUCUUCCUGCAGGCACACAGUCAGUCUGUUUCCUUCACAGGCUCUUAUUUUUGGUUCUGCAAAAAAAAGUGACAUUGCCAUCUUCUUUCCUAAGGUGUUUGAAAUUGUUUUACUAAACACGAUUUUUUUAUCCACUUUAGUUUUGUUCAGGUGUUUAGGGUGUUUGGGUUUCUGCACAUACCAGAAUCAGAAUCUGAUGAUCAGGUUCCCAAUCAACUGAUUUAGUUUCAACAGUAGGGAUGUGUGCGCGUGUUAUUCUUGUGAUUUUGAUAUUUAAUGAAGAGCUGCCUAGUACAAGCCACAUGAGAAAACCUAACUCAGGAGAAGAGCUUCUUUGCCAGGAGUGCUUAUGCUUACUUACAGAUUGUCUUUUUCACAAGUGUGUUUAAUGUGCUUCGUUGAAUUGGGUCGGCACCUCCCUCGGGGUCUGUUGACUCGUUUAUUGUCCAAUCAUUAUUUACACUGCAGUACAUAUGCAACACAAUGGUGUGCACAUUUGUCUUGGAAUUUUUUAUAUGACAGAUUAACUGUAUUUCAAUGCAAAUUGUCUCUUGACCACAAAAUUUUAGGUUCCGCCGAGUGAAAUUUUCAAAUUUGCAUGUCAUAUCUACGAUUAUCUGUAAUGAAGCUUUUUUGCCCCCUGUGAUUAUUUUAAGGAAGUCCACACUUGCUUUUUUUUUUUUUUUUUUUUUUAAUCUUGUGGGGUUUUUUGUUGUGAUGCUUUGUUAUGGUUUAUGAUGCAAGAAUUUUUGGGAUCUUAUAUUUAUGCAGGCACUCUUUGUUUUUGAAAUGCCAAUACUUUCUGCCCCGCCUAAAAAAACACAUUCAAAAAAUACAAAACGACUUUUGAUCUUGUAGAUGAAAGAGUAUGAAGACAAGAAAAUGUACCUAGCUUUUAAUAAAUCUAUCUUUUUACUGCAUGUAUUAUAUGCAAUCUGUUCAAUAACAUUUGCAAUGAGGGUAUUUCUAUAUUGUACCAUGUAUUUUUUUUUGUCCUGUAAUAACCAUUCUAGGUGGAAUUUAGCUUUUAAUUCUUUUUUUUUUUGUACUGAAUUAGAGAUGAUUACAUUUUGAGUUAGAGAUACCAGGCACUAAAUUUUUUUCGUUUGUUUUUUGGGGAGAACUGAAGUGCUAUGUGACUAUUAUUGUUGUCAUUUCUGAAAACAUGUUUUCAGUAUGUGGCAUAGGCAUGUUUAGCAAUUGUUUAACUUUUAUAUUGUGGCAAUUUGAACCACAUGGUCAAAGGCAGAUAUUGAAAUAUAACAAACGAAAUAACAGUAUUUCAGAAAUAAAUCAUACAAAUAUUUAGAGGUGGUGGUAGUUUGAUGCUAUGGGGUUGCUUAGCUCCUUCAGGACCAGGAUGUGAUUGAGUUAACUGUGAAUUCUGUUCUUUACAAGAAAAUCCUGAAGAAGAAUGUUUGGAAGUCUGGACUUGAGUCUCAUUGGAAAAACUGUGACAUGACCUUAAAAAGGCCAUUCAUACUCAAAAACCAUGUAAUGUUGUUAAAUUAAAACAGUUCUGCAUAGACGGAUGGAUCCAAAACUCUCCACGUUUAAGAACACACAUAAUUUCAAGUCUUCCAGCUGAGGGUGCCCCAACCAGUUACUGGUUUUAAUUUAAUGUCAUUACUUUUUCACACCAGGUCAGGUAUCUUGAACAAUUUUUUUUUCUCUUAAUAAAUAAACUCAUCAUUUAAACACA